UGAAGUGCCGCUUCAACGACUCGCUGGACACUUGGGUGAAUUUAUUAUUAUUAUUAGAAAGUCAGUGCUUCUAUAAUCGGUAAUGUGAUUGCCACAGCUCCUCCUCCAGUCGAGCUUGUCUACAUGAAAGGCAGUCUGCUCUAUCACAAUGCCCAUUCUGUCUUAUUCCCUUGCAGUCUGCCUCUGCAGGCUCGAUCAUUUAUCCGUUCCGUGACCAUUUGUGGUCUGUAUAGUUGCUCAGUCGACUAAUAUGGUAAAUAGUCUCGUGACCGGCCGUGACCGGCCGAGGACGCCAUCAUGCCUGCUAUUCAUGGAGAUUUACUGGCUGCGGUGAUGGCGACCGAUAGAGACAUCCCAGCCAAUAUCACUCCGCGGCAGGUCACUCUAAGAGACCGGGUCACUGUUGCGACCCUAGUGCCUAUUUCAUCAGCCGAUGAUGUGCCUCCCUCCUUGAUGCGCUAUCUGUCUGAUCAGUUGAACAAAGAGAUUGCCAAGGGUGACACCUAUGCCAUGGUUGAUCCCAUCCCGCUGGAGCAGUUUGCGACGUAUUGGUUUUUCAACUUUGGCGCCAUCAUGCUACUAGGCGACAUUAAGAGUGUGUAUGAAAUGAAGGCCAUGGAAAGGGCUGGCGCGGAUUGGACCAAGACCUGCUUGGGCAGCUUCAAUAUCCGACCAAAUUACCCUGGACGUAGUAGUCAUGUCUGCAAUGGCAUGUUUCUUGUGACAGAUGCGGCGCGCAAUCGUGGUGUUGGUCGAUUGAUGGGCGAGGGAUAUCUUGAAUGGGCUCCUAAACUGGGUUACACAUAUGCCGUCUUCAACCUGGUUUAUGAGAGCAACGUGGCGUCUUGUCGCAUUUGGGAUGCUCUUGGCUUUAAGCGGAUCGGUAAGGUGCCAAAUGCUGGCAAGGUACUCUCCAGUCCCGGUGAAUAUGUCGAUGCAAUUAUCUAUGGGCGCGACUUGAGUUCUGAAGGCGAUGAUUCAUUCACGCAAGAUCGCUUCGACAAGAUCCGAUAUUAUCUCAAGCAUUCUAAAUACCCUAGAGGUGCCGAUCGAGCCGAGAAGAGUCGGCUGAGAAGUGCAGCUACCCACUACAAGCUUAUAGAGGGGAAGGAUGGCGACUCGGACAAGCUGAUGCUGAAAGACAAAGAGGUCGUGUCAGAUCCCCAGCAACAAUACGAGAUUGCUCGAACUAUUCAUCUCAAGCAGCACGCUGGAAUCAAUAAGACGACUGCAGCCAUCGCGGUGAAAUAUCACUGGGUCAGGAUCAAAGAGACCGUCAGUCGAGUCAUUCGAGACUGUCCCCAAUGCAAAGAGACGCUCAAACUGCCACCCAGUAACGGUAUGCUAAUUCACGACGGCGCUGUAUCCAUGGAGAAGUUGAGCGUGCACGAGAAUGAGACGAGCUUGUCGACACCGAGCACCGUGGAAACCACACAGUUAAUGGACAAUACCUCACUCGAUCCUCAUCAAAACCACAAUCCGUUUGCUCAAACACACCCACAGGUCAUUCAAGGAGCUGUAGAUUCCAUCACCGACUAUACAACUAUGCCUCUCGAUCCGCAAAUCAUUGACAUAAACCAGCAACUGUCACGAUUCCAUUCCCACGAUGGCUUGGGUCACCAUCCCCAUGACGGCUUAGGUCACCACUCCCAUGAUGGCAUGCCUGACCCAUACACACAUGGCCAUCAUAGCUUAUCCCACUCGAACUUUGAAGACGCCGUACGGCAUCACACAGCGCAUGACUACCAUAUGAUGGUUGAGGACGCUUCUGAUACAGAUGCUGCUGUGGUGUUACGCCAGGAAGCGCUCGGUCUCGUGCCUCCGCAAGUACACGAAGUUCAUCAUGAUCAUGACUUAUUGUCGAAGUACGAAUACGUUGGACAGCCGGAUGAUGAGUUGGAUUUCAGCUAAGGUUACUUUUUUUUUUGAUUCUGAGUUUAAUGGCGUUGGAGCGUUUGGGGUCAAGCUUGCAUAGGUUAUUACCCGGUGUGGUCAUAGAUACCUGUAAAUAUAAUCGGAACAUUGUGAUACCAGAUUUACUCAAAGCAAAGCUUAGAUUC